AUGAAUAACUUUGAACAAAGCCAUGCAGAGUGUAGACGGCGUCGUAGAGAGAAUACAAGGCCUGAAUCAGAUGUUCUCCCUCAUAAUCCAGCUUCUUCCUCUUAUCGACCACAGCCUCCAUUGCCACCUCAGUCAGAUGUACAGGCUUUGCAAUAUCAGCAAGAGCAACAGGCAUUUGAUCAGCAUAGAGCAUUCCUUCAUGAGCAGCGUCUUGAAGAGGUCCGUCAGCAGCUUUUGCAGCCUCAGCAAAGACAUCAGCAGCAUGAAUUGCAAAGACAGGAGGAAGGAAUCCAUGAGCAGGCAUUUGUUCAGCAACAACAUCUUGAUGAUCUACAGCAGCAGCAGCACCUUCAAAAUCAAAUACAAGUCCAUCUAGAAGAGCAGGAGCAUUAUGCCAAUCUAGCCAUCCAGCAAAACCACCAUGCUUUGGCUCAAAAUCAAGUAAUGCAACAGCUACCUCUUGGUCAUCGUCCUUAUCAAGAGCCUGACGCACGCUAUAGUGUUGGCCAUAUGGAUGUUGAAUGUUCCCAUUGCAAAGCCCUUCACUUUUCCUCUGAAAAGCUAUCAUCCUCUACUCGCAAUCACAUCCGCUUUGGCAUGUGCUAUUUACAAGGCCAAAUUAGGCUGCCUGUGUUAUUGGACCCUCCUCAAACACUGCGUAAUCUUCUCUGUGGAGACACUGAGAAUGCCAAAUCAUUCAGGCUAAAUAUCAGGCAAUACAAUAGUGCAUUUGCAUUUACUUCUAUUGCUGCCAAGCUAUCAGAUCAUGUUACCACUACUUCUGGGCCAUAUGCAUUUAAAAUCCAUGGAGAACUUUAUCAUCAAAUGGGUACCCUGCUACCACCCAACCAUCUUAGACCUUCCUAUGCUCAGCUCUAUGUUAUUGAUCCUCAGGCUGCACUCAAUGAGCGCAACAAUGCCAAUCCCAACUUGAAGUCUGAGAUCAUGAAUAACUUGCAGGAUAUGUUUCAUGAGCACAAUCCUUAUGUUCCCCUGUACCGCCAUGCCUAUCAAAUCAUGGCAGACAAGAAUCCUGGAGAACGAGACAAGCUUGCAGCCCGUAUUGCUGUCUUGCCCAAUACUGAUCAUCGCCGCUAUAAUGAGCCUACCGCAGAUGAAGUUGCUGCCAUCAUUCCUGGAAGUGGAGAUGAGGAAGUAGACUUGCAUAGAGAUAUUGUUGUCCGCUAUAACCAUGGAGGUCUAAAGCAUUUCAGCCAUCUUCACCCUCACUAUAGUCCCUUGCAUUAUGUGACAUUAUUUCCACAUGGCGAACAAGGCUUUUAUCCCAAUAUUCCUGCUCAUCCUGGACCUAAUGGCCAAAUGCUCUCAUCCAAGGUGUCUCAGCACUGCUAUUAUGCCUAUCGUCUUAUGCGCCGUCUGCUUGAUCCUGAAACCAUCUUUAGAGCUGGCAAGCUAUUUCAGCAAUAUGUGGUUGAUGCUUGGGCAUCUAUUGAGUCUAGCAACCUUUUCUGGAUCAGGAACCAUCAGAAGGAGAUCAGAGCUGAAAAGUACCAGUCAUUGUUUGAUGCUAUCCAUGCAGAAGCUGAGGUAGACCUAGGCCAGCGGGGAAAACGUAUUGUGCUUCCCUCUACUCAUGCAGGCAGUCCACGUUAUAUGUAUCAGCUUUUCCAAGAUUCUAUGGCUAUCACUCGCCACUGCCAUAAGCCUGACAUCUUUAUCACCAUGACUGCAAACCCUAACUGGCCAGAGAUUACUGAAGAGCUCUUAAAAUAUGAUGGUGGUUCAACUCAGCAGCCUUCUGAUCGUCCAGACUUGGUUGCACGUGUGUUUGCCUUGAAGAUGAAGGCUCUUAUAAAGGAUAUCAAGGAGGGCCUGUUUGGCAAGGUGGCAGGGAUGGUUUAUACCAUUGAGUUU